AUGUCCCCGCGCAACGAUAUGGCCGAAAUCCCAGUCAUCGAUUCUGAAUAUGUUGAACCAGCGCGCGUGCCGGUCGUGGAUUAUCAAUCACUUGCCUCUCCCGACAACGCGAAACGACGAGUGGCCGUCCAGCAACUCGACGCAGCCUUCCGGGAAUACGGUUUCGUCUAUCUUUCUAACCAUGGGAUACCAAAGGAAAGGGUCGAGCAGGCAUUUGAAUGGUCACGGCGAUUCUUUGAGCUGGACGCGAGAGUGAAAGAAUUGAUCGCCCAUCCUCCCAGUGGCGAGAUUGACGACAACCGCGGCUGGGCCAAGACCGGGCUCGGUCACACCGUCCAAAUGGUCUUCGACCCCGACGAAGCGGACGCCUUUCGCCAGAGCAACCCCGACUGCAAGGAAACACUGGAGCUUGGAAACCCCUUUUCAGCUACGGUUCCUCCCAACAAGUGGCUUCCCGAGAACGUCUUGCCGGGCUUUCGAGCCUUUGCCGAGUCGUGGUGGACAGACUGCGAAGGGCUUGCUCACGACCUCUUUCGAUUCCUGGGUGAGGCCCUGCAGAUUGACGACCGCGACUACUUCAGUCGCAUUCACUCGGAAAAUGAUUGUCACAUGACCUGGAAUUUUUAUCCCUCGACUCCCCUGCAGAAGCCCGGCUUGGAAAAUGCCAAGCGACUCAACGCGCAUACCGAUUUUGGGACGCUCACCAUCGUCUUUCAGGAUGCGGUUGGCGGACUCGAGGUGCACGACGGGCACAUUUUCCGACCCAUCCCGCCUGUAUCCGGCGCUAUGGUCGUGAACGUCGGAGAUAUGCUCGAGCAAUUGUCUAAUGGGAGGUGGAAGAGCGCAUUGCACCGCGUAGUCGCUCCGAAACAGCACCAGACACCGGGCAGUGAGGGUCCCCGGGGCGAAAAGAGCGUGAAAGUGAUAGACAGGUAUUCACUAGUCUACUUUGGCGUGCCCAAUCCGGAUGAGGUGAUUGGAAUAGUCCGGGGCUGUGAGGUGCCGGGGACUUGGAAGCCGAUCAUGGAUGGAGAAUGGGGCAAGCUUUCGGCCAGAGAAUGGAUUCAGAAACGACUCGCUGUUGACCCCGAGUCCCUGAGUCUCGCUGGAAAGAACGCUAUUGUGACCGGAUCUUCUAGAGGCAUCGGCAAGCAAGUUGUUCUCGAACUAGCCUCCCGCGGCGCAAAUGUCGCCAUCUGCUUCGUCUCGGAUCUCAGUAGGCCGGCCGCAGAUAAACUCGCAGUAGAGAUCAGGUCCAAGGGCGUUUCGGCAACCUGUGUUCAGGAGGAUCUCGCCCUGAAUGGCUCGGGCCAGCGUUUGGUGGAGAAAGCGCUAGCGGGGCUGAAAGCCGACACCAUCCACAUCUUGGUCAAUAACGCAGCUCUUGAUCCGGACUCACCAACCCCGGUGCUCCAAAGUCCGGGGCAUCUUUUUGAUAGGUGUAUGCAAGUCAACGCCAAAGCCCCCUUGGAGCUUGUCUCUGCCAUGGUGCCCAACCUGCCACAUGCCGGGGGUCGUAUUAUCAGCAUCUCUUCGGUGCUCGCGCGCCGACCGGAUGUGCCCUUCGCAGCCUGGGCUUCAUCCAAGGCCGCUCUCGAAUGUUUGUCGCGAUUCUGGGCCCAAGAACUAGCCACUCCCCACGGACUGACCAGCAAUGUCAUCGCUAUUGGCCCAACUAUGACCGACUAUCAUGCCCAAGACCCGCCUGAAGUGCUCGAGGAGCUCUCUCAAUUGCCCAGCGCCGCGAAACGUCUCGGAACGAUUGACGACGUUGCACAGAUUGUUGCUUUUCUAGCAAGCGACGCAAGUCGAUGGAUCAACGGGGAUGUAAUUCAGGGUAACGGGGGCAUGCAGUUUAGCUAG